AUGUCUCAAGAAAUUGAACAUUUUUACUCUCGAAAUCGAAAUUAUCCUAACGCUCAAGUUCCUUUGACUAGCAUUGAGCAAGAUUUUUAUACUGAGCAAUCUCGGCAAAAUGAUAAGCAAAAUUUCAAUAAACAUAAAGAGAAUACUCGGUUAGAAAGAAUGCGUACUUAUUAUUAUCAAACUACAAUUCAUGCUUUAGAAAAACUCAUUGAUUUACAAUUUCAAAUAAUUAAUAGACAAGACAGAUUUAUCAAUUCUUUAUGUUUUGUCUUUGGAUUAAAUUUUGUUAUAAUUUUAUUCUUUAUAGUUUUAUUUGUUCUAAAAUUUCAAUGUAAUUUCAAAAAUUAA